AUGAAGUUGUUUUUCUUCCUGGCGCUUUGCGUCGGACUUUUAUCUGCUCAAAACGGGAGCGGGAAGGCGCAGAAGAAGUACAACAAGAAACUUGAGCGAAAGAGAAGAAAGGGAGUUCCAGUUUCCGCCGAGGAAAUUAAAGAUCUUGAGAGACGAUUCAAUCUCGCCCCACGAGCAGAACAACCGACCCUCAGAGCAUCGCAAGAAGAGAUUGAAUUCCAAGAAACGGCGAAGGAAGUUUUAGAGAGCAUCCCAGAUGAGUUCAAAAAGUUCGUCCAAACGGAGAAGAACAGAGUCAGCACUGCAGGAAACACGGCCGCAAAUCCUGAAAAGCUUCAGCAUUGCUUCACGUGCUCAGUAAACGUGGAUGUAAACAGCGGAGAGGACCCCUGGACAAAGUGCAUUCAGAGUGGUGCGAUGUUGGAGUGCCGUGGGGACGAAAAUUCAUGCUUUACGAUUGAAAGGCGACAGGCCGCGAAACCGUACAUGGUUCAGAUGGGAUGCAAGCAGGUUACUUCUUGCUUGAAUUCCGUUCCUGAUUGGCGCUACAACGCCGGCGAAUGUCACCCCAACUCCGGCGGCGGCUCCCGAUGCGCCCACUGCUGCGACAACAGUGUCCCUAGCCCUACACGAGUCUGCAAUCUCAAUAAGUGGCAAUCAUUCAAACUCGGCGUGCAGCAGAAUUGGAACGUUACUGAGACGUUUACCAAGCUCCCGUGA